AUGUCACAAAAAGUUCCUUCCUAAAUAUCUAUUGGAGUUGGUUGUUAUAGUUCAAAAAGAUUCGAUGAUAAACUUAAGAUGAUGAAUGGUAACUUUAAAAUAACCAGGUUUAAAAUUUAUCUACUUAAUGAUCGAAUUUGCGGAAUUGGAAUUAUUUACUAAAAUUAAGUAAAUGGAAGAAGGAUAAUAUUCACCGAUACAGCUUAGAAUCAAAAGUACACCUUUCUAUGUGAAUUUAACAUACCCUCAAGUAUUCUUUUCCCAUUUAAUAAUAGAUGAUUAUCUAUAAGUUAUUUUUGGCUAUUGCGACGAGAUUCAAAUUAAUUAACUUGGUUUUAUCACAUACUCAGGAAAAUAAGAAAUUUUUGGAAUAGAGAAAGGAAUCAAGUUUGAAUACAUGUUUAUGGGUUAUACUUUUUCUGGUUGUAGUGGUAUUUUUAACUAAAGAGCAAUUGAAACCCUAAGUUUCAUAGUUCAGAAGCUUCCAAAAUAAUAUAUAUUGACUCACGUAAUUAAUAAAAUUACAUAUUUAGCUUCCCUCAUUAUAUAAUAUACUUUAUCAAAACUAUUAACUUGAAGAAAAUAUGGAAUAUUUUGAUUAAAAAGAAAUAAAUUUAGCAGAAUUUCCAGAAUUUCCUAUUGAAAAUGCCUCUGAAAUAAUUAAUUAUCAAUAAAAGGAUAAAAAUUAAAAAUCAAAUGCAAUACAAUAAAUAGGAUAUGGACUUUAAUAUUAAUAAGCAUAUUAUAAUGGGAGACCACAACCAUAAUACUAUAUACCCAAUUCUAAUACACCCGCUCAAAGAAAUCAAAGAAACCAAAAUAGUGAUAGAAACAUUAGAAGAGGAAUAUUUAUAGCAGAGAUACUUUUAAGAUUAGUUUGUGGUCAUUGA